GUCUCAGUGCUGUGCAUGGACAUUAACAGGGAAUGUAAUAUUCUGCUCUCACUGCCUGAUUUCAUCUGUCAUUUAUUCACUGCAGCGAAAGCCGGGUGUUGAGUGACUGAGGUGAUGUGACGGCGGGGCUUGCAGGCAGCACAGAUCAGAACAGGCUGUCUGCCGCUCACUCAACCAACUGCAAGCAACACGUUACAGCCCAGACAGAAUGGAUUUUCCCAAUUGUACUGAAGGGGCGUUUUCUACAAGCAGCAGUGAUUAUGAGUCACUGGAGACCCCUGAACGCCCUACCAGUAAGGUCCUGCUUACAACGACCUUGUCCAUACUGGCGAUUCUGACCACAUUCUUCAACUGCCUGGUGAUCACAGCUAUCGCCGUCACCCGCAAGUUGCACCACCCAGCCAACUACCUUAUUUGCUCAUUAGCGGCGACCGACCUGCUGGUGGCUGUGCUGGUCAUGCCUUUCAGCAUAAUCUACAUCCAGAAGGAGAAAUGGGUAAUGGGCCAGCCGGUGUGCACCAUCUGGUUAAGUGUGGAUAUCACCUGUUGCACGUGCUCUAUCCUUCACCUUGCUGCGAUCGCCAUCGACCGCUACAGGGCCAUUACUGACGCGGUGGAGUACUCGCGCAAGCGUACCGGGGCCAUGGCUGGGGCGAUGGUAGCGUUGGUGUGGCUUUUGUCUAUUCUCAUCUCACUUCCUCCGUUACUGUGGCGCCACUACAGCGGGGAUGCAGAACAGGAAGACCAGUGCAUCAUCACCCAUCAUCACAUCACCUUCACGCUCUAUACCACCUUUGGAGCAUUUUACAUCCCCCUGCUACUCAUUCUGAUUCUGUACUAUAAAAUUUACCGCGCAGCUCAGACCCUCUAUAUGCGGAGGGAGGCCAGUCGAGCUAGCCGCCACUCAUGCAUGACCAACGGGAGCAUGAUCCCGUCAUCCUACCCCGCUGGAGAGGGCGAUGUAGAUGGGGGGCCUCGGAGUCCGGAGCCCAUUAGCCCGCCAGAAAAGUCUACCUCUGAACCCUCAACUGAAGAUCCCCCACGUGAGCGCGUACGUGUCUCCGUAAAGGCAUUAAAAUGCAAAACACGCUCACGCCGUCUUGCGUCACGGAGUGAGUCACGUAGUGAAUCACGACGGAGUCAGUUUUACCAAGGACCCAGGAUCUCAGGCUCAAGAGAGCGUAAAGCAGCAUCCACUCUGGGGUUGAUAAUAGGGGCUUUUGUCAUCUGUUGGCUCCCGUUUUUUGUCAAGGAGGUGAUCGUUAACACCUGCAGCUCUUGCAGUACUUCAAUGGAAAUGGCUGACUUUUUGACAUGGUUGGGUUACCUCAAUUCUCUGAUCAAUCCGCUAAUCUAUACCAUCUUUAAUGAGGACUUCAAAAAAGCUUUCCAAAGACUAAUUAGGUGCAGUCAUUAUCUCUGAUGGUUACAAUUCUGCAUGAUGAUUCACGUACACUAUGUACCGCCACAUAUUACGGGGACAAACUAAUGGAUUGAGGUCAGAAAAUACCAUCUGAACACUGACUGAAUGUGCCAGAGAGAGAAUAUUCUCAGAGAGGAAAGGAUUGACAGCCAUUUCCAGACACUCCACCGGGCACUUCAACAGCCCAAAUGGCAACGGCUCAGAAAUGAUCUGAGUUCCACAUUGAAAUCCAAGUCCCGCUAUUAAUAGAAUAGCCUCAUCUCCUUGAAGUUAAUUGGUGUGUAUGGUUUUACACUGACAUGUUGGUUUUCAGAAAAUGGGCCAUUGCUGACCUUUUUAGAGAUCUGGCUUUUGAGCAUUUGUGAUCAGCCCCAUUUAAAGGUCUUGAAAUAGCUGACCAGUAUGACUGUUCUAUCUAAUGACCUCCCUCCCGGCUGAUAUAAAGAACAUCUGUAAAAUAUACCACAGCAUACCAAGUUGUGACUUUAUGUGGCUGUGAUGUUCACAUUGAUUGUCGCAGUUAUUGAAUAUGGUAUGUAUUCAGCACAUCAAGACAUUCCGAUAAGUUUUUAAAUAAUGAAUUGGCUUGUGAAACAUAAGACACCAAAACUUCACAUGACAUGUUUUUAUUUGUGAAAUUUGAAAAAAUAUAUAUGUAUAAAUAUACUUUUUAAUGUGUAAAAUGUUUUAUGAUACGGGACCAAGUCAUUCCAUUAAUAAUAUUAAAAUGAAACAGAGAGAAAGAGAUACUUGUGGAAAAUACCUAAAGGUUCAGUGUGUAGAUUAAUAUGAAUGUAAAUGCAGAAACAAUAUACAGUGUAUUCACAAAUAUGUUGCAGUUUUUUUUUUUAG